GUCUGCCUUUACACAGAGAAACACUCAGGAUUUAAAAAGAACUUAUUUUUGUGGACAUUUUGCGUUAUUUUGGGAACGCAGUGUAUCAUGAAGCUGCUUGUGGUGUUUCCUGUCUUGCUGUUCAGCAUGUUACUCCUUCAGCUCGUAAUGAGUCAAAAGGAACCGAAGCCAGCAGGAGAUAAGAAGCUGAAAGAGAAGGUGAAGGUGAAGACAGAAGCUGAGAAGAAGAACAAAAGCACAUCAGUCAAAACGAAAGACACGCCCUCAGCCAAGCCCCCGAGUCCCACAGCACCUCCACCGUACCUGACUCGAGUAAUGGGGAAGGGGAAGUUUGAGAAGGUGGGGAAAAUGUUGUCGGUCCCUACAGGGGACACAUUGGAGCUGAGGUGUAAAGGUAGUCGUGUGCAGUGGGACGUCCCGUCUUACCUGCAGGAGGACGAUGAGGGACGACUCAGGACGGUGCAACACGAGCGAUACGGCGUUCUGAUUUUAGUCAAUUCAUCAGGAGCCGAUACAGGAGCGUACGUCUGCUACCCGCUGUACUGUGUGGACUCAGACUGCAGGAAAGAGUACGAUAAAGCCCUCAAAGUCUUCAUCUUCUUCCCUGACCCUCAGGAGCUUUUCGUGCCAUCGUCGGAUUAUUAUGAGGUUAUCCAGCUCAGAAGUAACUGGCCCACGGUGCUGCCAUGUCAGGUCACUACCCCACAGGCCAAAGUCACCCUGCACCGUGAGUUCCCACCCGUAGAGGUAAAGGUGGACGGAUCCGAGAUCUCGUAUGAUGUGACACGUGGCUUCACCAUCUACAGGCCCAAAGCACAUCACGCUGGCUCUCUGUACUGUGUGGCCAGUGUGGGCAACCUCCGGCAGAGCUCCAUCAAGUACAUGCUCAUCUACGUUCACUACCCAGCUGCUCCUCCUGUCCCUGUGCUCCAGGCUUCAUCUUCCUCUGUGUUUGUGGGUGUGAACCUGCAGCUCUCCUGCAUAGUGGUGGGAGAACAGGACGUGGCGGUGGAUUUCACAUGGGAGUAUCCUGGGCAAAAGAUCGGCCGGCCGCUCUACACGCAGGAGACCACGCAGACGGUGCAGGUGGACGGACUCAGCCGGCAACGCUCGCAGUCAGUACUGCAGGUGGAUGAAGUGAGGGAGGUGGACAAGGGAACCUACACCUGCACUGCUCAGAACCUGCAGGGCUCACGCUCCGUCUCCACCAACGUCAACGUGCAGAAGAAAGACAACUCCAACAAACCACACACAACCUGAGAACCUGAGAUUCUGCAUCUCAAAC